UCCCUUUUAGGUAUCAGUGAAACUGCCCAGUCGCAGUUUACGCUCGAGGAGGAAGUUGGUGGCGGUGCCUUCGCAGCGAGGCGCGUGCCGCGGAAAUGGGGCGCCUCAGCCGGGCUUGGCUGGGGUUCGUGGUGCUGGCUGGAGCUCUGAUGCUCACCUCUGCUACAGAGAGAAAUCCAACCAACCGGACAAAAGGAAGAAGCUUCAUUGGUCAUAAGGUCAAUGCAAGCAACGCCUCUAAAGAUGCAUACACUGUGGAUGCUUUUGCAGCCAAAAUCCUCACUGGCAAAUUGACUACAGUCUUCCUGCCCACGGUCUACAUUCUAGUGUUCAUCAUUGGCUUGCCAAGCAAUGCUAUGGCUCUGUGGGUCUUCUUCUUGAGAACGAAAAAGCGGCACCCAGCAGUGGUCUAUAUGGCUAACCUGGCAAUGGCAGAUCUCCUCUUCGUUAUCUGGUUCCCUCUGAAGAUUGCAUACCAUAUUAAUGGCAAUAACUGGAUCUAUGGCGAAGGCUUGUGCAAAGUACUCGUUGGGUUCUUCUAUGGAAACAUGUACUGCUCUAUCCUUUUUAUGACAUGCCUCAGCGUACAAAGGUAUUGGGUGAUUGUGAACCCAAUAUUGCACUCAAGAAAGAAGUCGGAAAUUUCUGUGGGGAUUUCAGCUGCAAUAUGGAUACUCAUCAUCCUUGCCACGAUUCCAUUGUAUCUUGUUGACCAAACUGUUUAUGUUUCUAACCUCAACAUCACCACUUGUCAUGAUGUCCUGCCUCAUGCAGUGUUGGCUAAAGACAUGUACAACUACUUUCUUUCUCUAGCAAUUGGAGUCUUCUUAUUCCCCGCUGUUCUCACAACUGUUUCCUAUGUCCUCAUGAUAAAGACUCUGAACGCUUCCAUUACAGAUGAGAACAUUGGGAAGAAACGGAAAAGAGCCAUCAAGUUCAUCGUUACUGUGCUUUCCAUGUACUUGAUCUGUUUUUUGCCCAGUAAUGUUCUGCUCGUGUUACACUACGCCCAGAUCACAACCCACAACACCAGUAAUGUAUACGCCUUGUACAUUGUAGCGUUGUGCCUUUCUUCCCUAAACAGCUGCAUCGAUCCAUUUGUCUAUUACUUCAUUUCAAAGGACUUUAGGGACAACCUUAAAAACGCACUCCUCUGUCGAAGCGUGCGCACUACAAAGAGAAUGCAAGUCUCUCUCUCAUCAAACAGAUACCCAAGGAAGUCCCCCUCUUAUUCCUCCGGUUCACAGACUACGAAGUCAACCUACUAAAUUUAUAUGUGUGGAUGAAAGUUUGGUCUCCUGUUGGCAAUGAAAAACUGAACAGUAUUUGCCUUACAGAACUUCCAAACUGCUGGAUCCUUCCAUCUUUCCUGUGGGAUGGAAAAACCAAAAGCAGCUGGGCUGAUACUUGCGCUAAACAAAUAAUCAGGCUUCUGCUUCUGUAGACAAGUUAGUUGGUUUUAAAGGGAACUUUCAGUGUAAAUGCUGGUAGCCACUGCUAGUUCCCAGGUUUAUUGUUAUGGUCUUAUGUAAUCACUAAUCUUCAGUAAUAAUUAAAAGGUUUGCGUUUUGGGGGUCACAGUCCUUCAUGAGAUAAGUCUUGCAACACAUGUAGCAGUUUGUAGAGUCGACAGAUGAUUUGGUUAUAUGUUUGCCAAACCUAUCUGUUGCCAAUCUCUCUCAAGGCCCUAUUGUAGCACCUUAAAGACCAACUAAGUUUAUAUUUUGGUAUGAGCUUUCGUGUGCAUGCACACUUCUUCAGAUACACUAGAAACAGAAGUGUCAGACCCUAUA